AUGAAACAUUUCAAGGAAGACUCUCAGGGGAAGCUACGUUCCUUGGUGGUUCAGCCCGAGCGCCCGCUGAGCCCUGAACCCUCUCACGGCCUCCCAACAGCCGCACCCGCCUCUUCUGAGUACUUAGUAGCAGCUCAACCUUCCUUAGUAGUUUUAAACACAUCUGAGGCAGCGGAAAACAGCUGCUUCUACCCGUUCAGCGACGCCUUGGCGCCCCCCAGCCCAAGCCCUCUGAGCUCGACGAAGGCUCCAGGCACUUUUUCGCCAGCAAACGAACAGACCACAGGAAGCUGCCGGCAGCAGCACUGUUUCAGAGAUAGAGGCCCAGUACGGCCCACAGCCAGAGGCGUAGCAGCGGCGAUACACUCCACGCGGAUGGAGACCUCAGCCCACUCAGCAGUAACAGAGGCAGCGACGGCAAGCAGACGGCCAGAAGCAGUAGAAGCAGCACAAGAAAGAUGUUCCCUACACAAAUGCUCAGCAGAUACCUCUCAAGGGUCCUGGGGCAGGCCCUCGACCUCUGGGUCUGACUUCGCUUUGCCCCGCCAUUUGCUCGCCUUCGUUUUGUCUUUAGUUGGAAACCAAUCCGCAGAAAAGGCUGCAAUUUCCCGCGUCUGCCGCUACUGGAGGGAAGUAGUGAAUCUGCAUUACACCUGGCGCUCCGUGGACGCGUCUCAUCGGCCCAUAAGUUCUUUAUCUACUUCUGCAGAAACUUCUGCUAAACUCAACAGUCUCUGGCGCAUGACAGAGACACUUGUCCUAGCAGAAAAGGAUGCAGCCACGGCAACUGAGCUGUUGCUACAGCUCAGCCACGCCUCAUGCAGCAACAGCAGCGGUAGCGGUAGCAGCUGUAUCAGCAGCAGCAGCAAAAUAGAUAGCAGCAUCAGUCACAUGUGCGACACCAACAGCAGCUGCAGUGACAGCGGCAACAGGAGCAGCAGCAGCAGCAAGAGGGAGGUAGAGGAAGCAACAGCCGCCCAAACCUGGACUUUGCCGCAUUUGAAGCAUCUGAGGAUACACCGCAGCAUGGGGGGAGGAUACACCACAUAUUCAACGCCCCAAGAUGUUUUGGCUGCAGCAGACGCAGCACGGGGGUCCUCUGGCACAACUUCUUUGCAUUCAGGCAGCAGAAAAGGGCCAAACAGCAGCAGCAGCAGCAGCAGCAGUAGCAGCGGCCUGCAGCAGCUGGAAGAGUUGGUGCUCGAGACCGAAGUGGGGCCUGAUCUGCUGCUGGCGCUCCGAGGCAAAACACCCAGACUGAAGACGCUCAUCAUCAGCCGCCUCAGCGACAAGCCCAGCAGUAGCCACCAGGGAAUAUCUGAGUCAGCAGCAUCAGCUGCAACAGAAGCAGCAGUAGCAAAGGAAGAAAGUGUGUCUGCGCUUGAAGCCUUGCUGCUCUUCUUAGAGGAGCUCCCCCCGCAGCAAUUGGUUGUCUUUGGCUUUGGGAUGCCAUUGGGGUCCUCCGGGGGUCGCAACGGCAACACAAGCAGCAGCAACAGCAGCAGCAGCAACAGCAGCAGCAGCGACUGCAAGCUUCCAGAGGGCCUCAGGGGCCUUCGGGCUAGAUUACAAAGGAGGGGAGGCGGAGGGAACAAAGAGGAAGCUGCAGGAGAUGAACUCUGUUGUUUGCUCGCCUCCAAACACCACGAAUCUCUCCGCGCACUCUGGAUGCCCGACAUCUGCACGUCUCUCGAGGGUGCAGGGGAUCUCCUCCUUCGCUGCUGCCAUUUGACAGUCUGCUCUAUCCCCGGUGCCUCUGUGCUCCAUGAGCUCCACUUCCUGCUGGGCAGUGGUCGCUCUGUUGACUGUUCGUCAACACCGUUAGUGGCGUAG